UACCGCCACUCGGCAAUUAUCUGGUUUUCAAUGAUUUCAGCAAAUGUGCCCGAGGUCAGUGGAAUUCCCAUACCCGUCGAUUGCUGCUUCCAGAACGAAUCUCCCACCAAAUAGAGAGACAAACAAAAAACAUCAGUACUUCACAGCUUCAUUCACCGAACAGGCCUCCAGAAUGGGGGUUUACUUCUCCCGCUUACAAAAAACCAAACGUGUCGAAGUCCUCCGUGUGAUCACUGACCUGAAGAAAGUCAAAAUUUGCGCAGCAAUUCAGCAGCAAUCUACUACUGGAGCGGGUUUACUUUAUAGCCAGCAUCAGAAUCAGAAUUGGCCGCUUUUGUUUCGCUAAUAAGGUAAAGCACAUUAAUUACAUGCCGAAACGAGGUGGUUCUGUUUAAAAAGUUUUUGAAAUUGACGCAAGUGGAACUCGUUUCUUCUCCGGGACACAAUCCAGUGGAUUCUCAUUAAAAAAUCUGGAAGAAAAGACUAACCGAAGCUUCAAAUACCCUUGCAGACCGAUCGUUUAAGGUCUCGUGGGAUUUUCUUAUUAAAGUACGGGAUAGCCGAUCAAUGUAACAUAGUUCUGAGAUGCAGAUUCCCCUAGAAAAUACUUAUGACAUGAUCAAAAGUGGCAUUUCAUUUAGUUUGUGAAUUAAAGGGUAUAAACUCAAAGCUUUAUGGGGUUAUAAAAACAUAAGAGAAAAAGUUUUGAUCAAAACAAAUCGUACAUCACUUGGAUAAAAGUAAACAGGUUAAUCAGAGGAGGAGGGGAGGAGUACUGCGAAGGGAAUCAUGACAAGCUGCCGUCAUCUUAGGCAAAUUACAGCAUCUUUUUCAGCUUUCCUGUGAUUGUAAUUCCACGUGGAUAUGCGUGUUUAUAUGUGAGUUGAUUAAUCGAUUGUUUUGAUAGACAUUUCGCCAGACGUCGGGCCAGACACAAUCAAAUUAAGAGCCAGAGAUUUCCAUGUCUCGCAAAGUCUCCACAAUUAGUGGAUGUGUUAUAAUUCACGGCAGUCUGCGGGUGCAUGGCAACACAUGUGUAUAUGGGGGACGGGAGAUCAAGCCAUUUACCAGGUAUAUAAGAUGAUUCAGAACUGUCAUUCAUACGAGUAACUCAUAGUUCAUACAUCUGAUGGUGGGAUGCACCUUUAAUGGGAGAUUGCUUCCAAUGAAUAGUUACUUAUUAGCUUUUGCUAUUGACAAUUUUAAUUGCAAAGCAAACACAAAACUAAAUUGGCUCUGCGAAAACGCCCGCAAAACUGGUAAAAAACAAAAGCCGAAAAAAACCAAAAAACCCGCGGAAGUAAGCCAUCGAGUUAACGGUGUGAAACAGAUUUCUGACUUAUUUGGCAAGGUCAAUGGCGGGUGUGCCGAUGACUAUGCCCAAAGCGAGUCCGUCUGCAGAAGAUCGUUUGAGCGGAGCGUGGAAGCCAUCUGGGGCAACCAGUUGAUGACGUUUCGGCCAAGUGCGUGCAAAGUUCCGCUCGCUCGCGCGGGCUGCGGAUUGUCAUUUGGGGCCCGUGAAGGUCUGCAAGUUUUGCGGCAAACCAAUUUGGAAAUUUUGCCCAAGAACUUUUCCGCUAUAUAACUUAUUUUGCUCUUCUGGCCAGUCUUCAGUUGGCUGUGGACUGGGCCACAGAUUAGUUGCACCUUUUGGAUACGGAAUGAAUCUUCCCGCGCGCUUGGCUCUGAUGAGUCUCCUUCUCACUGCCGUCUUGGCGCAGAGGAGCGGCAAAUCGAGAUCGGAUCGUCCCCAGGGACGUACCUUGGGUCUGUUGACGCCCCUCCUCCUAGGCAUCGGUGGUGGAUCCCUCUUUGACGUUCCAGUAGCGCCAGUGCCGCCACAGCGGCCCGUGGGUGGUGCUGCAGCAGCAGCUGGAGCCCAGUCGGAUCAGUACUACGGCAACAGUUAUCCCAGCUACAACUAUAGGCCCAGUUACAAUCCGUACGCAUAUACGAGUAGCUAUCCAGGCUACGGCUAUGGCUAUGGCUAUCCGGGAUUGGGUCUGGGAUACGGCUCCAAUUACUACCGGCCCAGCUACAACUUCGGUGGAUAUCAGCGACCCCAGCAAUAUACCGGAAACUACUACGGCUACAGGCCAAACUACAGCGGAGGAGGAGCAGUGGCCGCUGGCUAUCCGUCGUAUGGAAGCAGUGCAGCUGGAGUUUCUGCCACGCCCGCCUACACGCCCCCGGGAUCAGCAUUGGGAGUGGCUGCUGGAUCGGGAGUGGGAGCCGGAGCCGGAGCCGGAGUCGGGAGUCCACAGCUAUCCACUGAACAGACGGCACAGCUGGCCGGACUCCUGGGCCAGGCCCUGGGCAGUAGUCUGCGCCCGUAUCUGGCCAACGGAGGAGGAGCGGGCGGAGCAGCGGCAGCGGGCGGUGGUGGAAAUUCACAAGCACUAGGCGGUCUGUUGGGCCUGCUCGGCUAGGCCAUAAUUUUUCAGUAUUAUCGAUGCCCGAUUGACAGUUACGAGUAUGGCGGGUCUUUCCAUAAAGAUCGCUUUGUUAAAACUUAGUGUAAGUCUUGGUUUUCUGCCUCUUCAGGUCCAUGCAAAUUAGUGUUAAUAAACAUUUUUAUUAAGAAUAAUAUGGUGUAUGGGUCAGCACCCCUGAAGACCGCCAAUGUACUGCAAAUACUUACACUUCAAUUAGAAGUGCGCGAAGUGCAGGCGAGUAUAAAAGGUGUCUGUGGCCUCCGGCUGGGGCACAGUUCCACUGCAGAGGAUGGUCCGAAUGCAGCUCAUCUUAGUCUUUGCUCUCGCUGCCCUUCUGGGAGCGGCAAUGGCCCGGCCGGACAAUCAAGAAUCCAUGUCGGAUGCCGUUCCCGCUGUGGCCUUAUCGGAUGUGGCCGAUGUGGGUGGUCAGCAUGCAGAGGAGGGCGAACGUCCGGCCCGUUGGCUCUGGGGCGGCUGGGGAGGAGGAUGGGGCGGUGGAUGGGGCGGCGGAUGGAAUAGAGGUUGGGGCGGUGGAUGGGGCUAUGGCUAUCGUAGCUAUUGGUGGUAGCAAGCGCCGCACCGUAUUUGGAUUUGGAUGUAUAAUCGACCCACAACGCAAAUAAAGCAAAUCUCUCAAUAACAAA